CCAUUUUCAAUCAACGCUUACUUCUUUUUUACAUUAUGGCAAAAUUCACAUUGACCCUCUUGUUCGCUUUCCUUGCCAUGUUCAGCGUCAUCUCGGCUGUAUGGAUUGGUGACGCACCGAGCUGUCCUAUCGAUACCGAGAUUUGUCCCGACGGCUUGAAGCCUACCUGUCUUGCUCGUUCGGCAGAGGAUGCUAGUAUUGCAUGCCCAGACACUUGUGGCGACUUUGACAGCCCAGGAGGAAGAACCUCGGCCUGAAACUAAAAUUGUACAACCUCCA